AUGCCGGGCAACGAGGAAAAGUGCUUAAAGAAAUAUGUCGUCAGCACGGAUCGCAGCGGCGAUAUUCAUGUGCACGUGCAGGGAGAUGUCCCUCAGCAUGUCGAGGGAGACUUAAGCCAGCAGGACAAAAGAUGCGUUUUCCUCACUGUCCACGACCUCGGAACCAAUCACACGUCGCUGGUCGACUUCGUGAACUGCCCCGCUAUGUCGGAGAUCAAGGAGCGUUCGUGCUUCAUCCACGUGGACGUGCCUGGUCAUGAAGAGAACUCGCCCGAUCUUCCCGAAUCCUACCCGUUCCCUUCGCUGCAGACGCUAGGCGAGGACCUGAUCACCGUUCUGGACUUCCUGCACGUGCGCUACGCGGUGGGGCUCGGCGAGGGCGCCGGCGCUAACGUGCUGGCGCGCUGCGGCCUCGCCCAUCCGCGCCGCCUCCUCGGCCUGAUCCUGGUCAACUGCACCGGCUCCACGUCCUCGGUGGCGGACGCCUUCCGCAGCAGGUUCUCCCGCUGGCGCGGCGCCGACAUCUCCCAGUCCGAGGAGGACUUCCUGAUCUAUCACAAGUUCGGACACCAAAUCGCCAGCGAGUCGUGCGAGGUGAGCGAGCGGGAGCGCACACUGAGCGAGUACCGCUCGCGGCUGCGAGGCAACCUCAACACGCACAACAUCAAGCAGUACGUGAGGGCCUUCAUCAACCGUAAGGACUUAGUUCUGCGCGGCUGUCAACCCGACAUUCUGCUGAUCACGGGCACGCAGAGUCCCUACGCUGGUGUCGUCGAGAAAAUGUACAAGGAGUUGGACAAAGAGAAGGUCACCAUCCUCAAGGUGGAUAAAGUGGGGGACGUGCUGGCCGAAGCGGUGAGUGAAGCUAAUAGAAACUCUUCCUCCUUCCCA